AUGAGCAACCACCACGCCCUUCCCCAAGCUGCAUCCUCUGAGCUUGAGGUGAUCUCCCAACAAAUGGAGGAGGAGAACCAGUGCGCGGCCCCAGUUCAGCUGGUUAGCUUCACCUACAGAGACUUACCUCUGGCUGCCUUGGAUGUAUCCCUUGCUGGAUCUCAGCUCAUCUCAAACCCGGAUGAAGAGGACAACAGAGAGGGGUCCAACUGGCUGAAGCCAUGCUGCGGCGGCCGGGCGGCUCUGUGGCAAGUGUGCCUAGCGUCGGCUGGUUUUAACUGCGUCCUAGUGGCCUGCGUGGUUCUGGUGGUGCUGCUGCUGACUCUGGAGCUGCUUGUCGACACCAAGCUGCUGCAGUUUAACAACGCAUCGCAGUUUGCCGGCAUCAUCCACUGGAUCAGCUUGGCUAUCCUGUCGGUGUUCUUUACUGAGACCGUUUUCAGGAUCGUGGUCCUGGGGAUAUGGGAUUACAUUGAGAACAAAGUGGAGGUGUUCGACGGAGCCGUCAUCGUCCUCUCGCUGGCCCCUAUGGUGGCCUCCACCGUGGCCAACGGCCCCAGCAGCCCAUGGGACGCCAUUGGCCUCAUCAUCACACUGCGCAUCUGGAGGGUCAAAAGGGUCAUUGACGCGUACGUGCUGCAAGUCAAGGUGGAGAUGGAGAUGGAGAUCCAGCAGUAUGAGAAGGCCAAGGCGGUGAGAGAGGAGCAACUAGACCGCCUGACGCAGAUCUGCCAGGAGCAGGCGUUUGAAAUCCGGCAGCUGAGGGCCCACCUGGCCCAGCAGGACCUGGAUCUGGUGGCAGAGCGGGAAGCAGCCAUGCAGAUCCACCAUAUGUGGGGUAAACCGAGCAGCAGUUUCCAUGAGGUUGACGGACUGGCCCCUGGGGUCUCCGAUCAUCACAGGCCGACUAAAGUUAGAGAGCCCGGCGGACCCUCAGAUCACCACGGCCAGGACGACAUGAACAACUACAUCAGCCAGUAUUACAGCGAGCCGAGCAGCGACAUGGGUGUCCCCGACCCGGCCGCGCGCAUAAUCACCACGGCAGCAAUCGACGUCCACAUCCCCAACAACCCCAGCCAGCUUCCGCCAUCUCUGGUGAGCGCUGACGGCGCGUCGGGUAGUCGCCUGCAACGCGCCAACAGCUCGGCCAGCGAAGCCUCGGCCACCACGGCGUCGCGCAUCAGUAGCCGCACGCUGGGAUCCGCCGACUGCAGCUCCACUGUGCGCGAGGCGUCCACGUCCACGGACUACAGCGACCAACGCUGCUACCCGCCGCCCUACAGCAGCCCCCUGGCUUUAGCUACUCAACCCAGGGGGAGCCCCAGCGCCGUCGUUCAGGAGCUACUCUCCUCUCUGUCCGAGGACUCCUGCCUCACCCAGAAGGGCCUGGACCCGGUCAACCUCAAACCUCCCAGCCCGACCGGUUCUACAAAAAACAGCUCCGAGCUGGAGAACAGGGUGAACAUCUACAACAAGAGGAACCAAGAGAGCCGGGUCGGCUCACACACGAAACCACUUAUCCACCUGCAGGGCACCGAAGCGUUCUUGGAGGAGAAAUACCGAAUGAUGGAACCGGUUGAUGCUCCCAUACAUCAUUUGUCUGGGACAUAA